CUCAAAUGAGGAAACCCCUCUCUUUUGUAACAGCCAGUGCCACCCAACAGCAAUCAUGAAGGUGCUUCUUAUUGGAGCAACCGGCAACCUGGGCAUUCGCCUCGUCGCGGCGCUCCUCACCCAUGGCCACAGCGUCGUUGCGUUCGUCCGCUCUUCGAACAAACUUGAGUCACUUCUUCCACCGUCUGUUUACAGCCAGAUCACCGUUGCCCAGGGCAAUGCCACGGACUCAGUCGCAAUCAAGAGAGCCAUAUUGGAUUCGAAUUGUGAUGCCGUCGUCAAUACAGCCGGUUUAGCGGCCUUACCUCCUUGGGGGAAAAGUGAACUGCCUGCCAUAUUUCGCGCAGUGCUGGACGCUGUACGAGAAGCAGGAUCGGAGAAAAAGAAACCGUUGAGAACCUGGUUCUUAGCUGGGCUGGGAGUAUUGCAUUACCCAGGAACAGAAACGAUGCUCUCGAACUAUAUUCCCAUCUACCUCGAACACCGCCAAAACCUCCGCCUUCUGAAAGCUCUUCCACCAACCGCGGUCGACUGGUCCAUGCUUUGCCCAAGCACCAUGACCCCGGAGUCUCAAGAAGUCACUGUGCCUACGAAGACUUCGCGUGGGAGACUGAUCGGAAAUGCUGCGACUCCACCAUUGUGGAAAGAUUCCUGGAUCAAGUAUAUUCCUUUGAUCGGGAGGCCGCUUCUAUGCGCCGUAAAUGCCGGUCGCUAUGAGACGACACUUGAACAGAACGCAGACUUCAUUGCUAGUGACCUUGAGAGCUAUGAGAGCCGGUGGAGUGGGACGACGGUGGGAGUGAUCGACGGGUCGAAGUGAGUUCAUAGUAGGGGAAGGAUUUUAAUGUAUAAUUAACUAAUCGAACUUCUAUCCUGGUUCUGUUCAAUAUCUCAUACUACCUACUGUAUCCAGCGUAAAUCGUGUAAUUGGCCCUGGGGUGGCCAUUCGACGACAAACAGCAACGAGAACAAUUUAUAUAUUAAGGGACCUUCUGUUCAAGCGAGGCUCAGUUGCUGCUUCGA